UUGGAAACAGUCCUAUAACCUGAUGCCUCGCCAGUCGGCGCUCGGCACCAGACUGUGACUACUUUACUAUGGCAUUGUCUAGCACUGCAGCAGUCUAGCUCACAAAAAACCCUAAAUCGAUCUUUUCUCUAUUAUUCUGAACAAAAUUUCAAACUCAUAAGCAUAACUCUCUCCCUCCAGGACUACUCUUUAGAACAAUAGUACAUAAAAAAAGUAAGAUAUGGAGAUCCAAGCAGGAAAAAAGGAAGGUCAAGAAUUUUUAGUGGCCUCAAUUUCAGAGCUUUCCCCACCAUCAUCACAUUCUUUAAAUUCAGCUUCCGUUUCUAGUUCGUCACCAGUUUUAGCUAAGUUCUGCUUGGAUUCUGGAUUUCCUCAGCUUCAAUUUGGGGAAGAAUCUGAGCCGGGAACAGGGAUUAUAGUUGAUCUCCGAACUUCUCAACUAUUUAGGCUAAGCCCUGUUCAAUUCCUCUGCAUGUCCGAAGCUUGUGAAGCCAGCAAAGAGUCAACCUUUUCAAGGGGAAUCACCAUUCAUUUUAAAGAGGAGAAGGAAUGCAGUUCCUUCCUUUGCGCCUUCGAAAAGUGGAAAAAACAAUUGGAUGUACAAGGGUCAUGUAUGCAAAAUGGAGCAGCACCAACUUCUAAAAGCAAAUUUGAUGAUAAAAUUGAGGCAUCUUCUGCCAAGAUGUACUUUCACUACUAUGGACAGCUUCUACAUCAACAAAAUAUGAUGCAGGACUAUGUCAGGACAGGAACAUAUUAUGCUGCAGUUAUUGAGAACCGAUCUGAUUUUCAUGGUCGGGUAGUGGUUGAUGUUGGUGCUGGUAGUGGAAUUUUGUCAUUAUUCGCUGCUCAGGCUGGUGCAAAACAUGUUUAUGCUGUAGAAGCUUCCGAAAUGGCUGAGUAUGCACAAAAGUUGAUUGCUGGCAAUCCAUUAUUAGCUGAAAGAAUCACUGUAAUAAAGGGAAAGGUUGAAGAUGUUGAACUACCAGAGAAAGCUGAUAUAUUGAUUUCUGAGCCAAUGGGAACAUUGCUAGUCAAUGAAAGAAUGCUCGAGUCCUAUGUGAUUGCAAGAGACCGAUUUCUUGGUCCAAAUGGAAAAAUGUUUCCUUCAGUGGGAAGAAUACAUAUGGCACCGUUCACUGAUGAAUACCUAUAUUUGGAAAUUGCUAAUAAGGCUGUAUUUUGGCAGCAAGAAAACUAUUUCGGCGUCAAUUUGAAGCCCUUACAUGGAUCUGCCUUCCAAGGAUACUUUUCGCAGCCUGUGGUUGAAGCAUUUGAUCCAAGAUCGCUUGUAGCUCCUGCCAUAUCUCAUGUGAUAAAUUUCUCUUCCAUCAAGGAGGAAGAACUAUAUGAAAUUGAUAUCCCCCUAAGAUUCACAUCUUCUGUAAGCACAAGAAUCCAUGGACUAGCUUGUUGGUUUGAUGUAUUAUUUAAUGGCAGCACUGUACCGAGAUGGCUGACCACUGCUCCUGGUGCACCCACAACCCAUUGGUACCAGCUACGUUGUGUUUUGUCUCAACCCCUUUAUGUCAUGCCAGGACAAGAAAUAACUGGACGAGUUCACCUUGUUGCCCAUAAAGCCCAGAGUUACACCAUUUUCUUGACAUUAUCUGCUGUUGUUGGAGAUGUGCUUCAAACUUCAACCGGAAAACUUGAUCUCAAGGAGCCAUACUAUCGGAUGUCCCAGCCACAAACAUAUUCUAGUUCACAAGAUCAACAAUCUCAUCAACUGUUACAAACGCAGGAAAUUCAACCUCGAGAUGACGAUGACUCCAUCUUGAUGCAACAGCUUUCACCAAAUUCCAAUGCUGAUCUGCAAUCGCUCUGAAGCGUGACAUAAAAAUUAAAGAUGUAUUACUUGAGUAGAAACAUUUGUAUCAUUGAUAUUUUUAUGUUUAAAUGGGCUGUUUUGAUCCAUGCCAAGUUUUGUCCCAUUCCGUUCUCUAUAAAGAUUAUAGAUCGCUAGAUGUUAUUUUCUUGUCCCAUUAGUCACAUACUCACAUGACUCACAUCAGCUAUUGUGACCUGAUUGCAGAGUUUUUUUCGUUCCAAUGUAUUGCUUUGAGAAAUACAAUUUUCUAAGAUCAAAUUCACUUAAAAAUAUCCUUUGUUUGAAGAAUU